AUGAAGGUCACUUCACUCGAAUCUAGUCAUGACGAUCCCAAACCAUCUUCCCAGGUUCUCUCUUUGGUUUCCUCGUUCCUCGCGGAACAUGGUUUCCACUCGACCGCCAAGGCUCUUACGAAAGAGCUCAAAAGAAUGAAUCGGUCGGUGGAGGUUCUCGCUCUUGGAGAUUCGCAGGGUGGAGCCAACCUGCAAGAGAUCGUGGAGAACUGGAACAAGAAAGAAAAGCUACAAUCUGCCCAGUCUUCUUCCGACGACGACUUAUCGGAUCUGAGCGAGAGCGCGACAUCAGGGUCCAGCAGCGCAAGUAGCGGUGACGAAAGCGACGCGAGCACGAGCAGCGAGGACACAUCUGCACAGGAUUCCGAGUCCGAAUCAGGAGAUGAUGAAGAGAAAGGAAACACCAAGUUGACCUCAAAAGUCAAGAGGAUCAAGGGCAACAAGCGAGAUUCGUCUUCUUCAAGCUCUUCGUCGGCGUCUUCCGACAGCGAUGCCGACGACGAGCGAGAGACUGGUGCGAAAGCAAAAAUCAAGACUUCACGAAAGAAGUCUCCGGUCACCUCGAAAGGAGCUGAAAGUGCCCCUACACUCAAGCGGAAGGCGCGAUCCAGCUCACCAGAAUCCUCUUCUUCGGACUCGGACUCGGACUCGUCAGACGAAGAUCGGCCGGCAAAGCGAGCAAAGAUUGAUGCUAACAACGAGACAGACGAAGCCUCCUCGAGUGAAGUCUCUUCGAGUUCAGACGAGGAAUCUGAUGAUGCCAACGAUUCAGCAAGCGCAGCAGAGCAGGUGAAGGACGAAGAAAUGGUCACCGAUACGUCCCAGGAGCAAGCAACACCAGAUGAUGCGGCUGACGGUGUAUCUGAAUCGUCCUCGGGAACAGUUACCGGAGUUGUCAUUGAGCCUAAUGGGUCAUCUGUAAGAGAAAUUGAGGCAAUCAUGAACAGAGGCAACAAGCAAGUAGUGGCCGGCAAGAAGGCGCAUGAGGGUGCGAGACCCACGCCGCUGGCGCGACUAUCGGCGCAGGCAACCGCGGACUCUCAUAUCAGCAACGCCUAUCAAAGCUAUGACUACGCUGAACGAGCAUACAAGGAUUUGUCUGUGACCCGAGGCAAAGGAUUCACCAAGGAGAAGAACAAGAAGAAGCGGGGCAGCUAUCGUGGAGGAGCCAUUGACAUUAGUGGCGGCAAGGGCUUCAAGUUCGAUGACUGA